AUGCAGCCCAUGGAAUCUCCAGACAAAAUUACUGUUUAUCAAAGACUGAUCCCAGACCCAUCUGGGCAUCUUUCGUCCCAAUCGGCAUUCCGACUCGAAGUUAUGAUCUUGUCUGAAGCCCACCAACGCCCUGCUGCGCGUUGCUUCGAGGAUAUCGUGAUCUAUGAUUACAAGAAGAACCGCAAGACUGUCAACAUCCCGCCCUUUGUAAUGGAGCAGUUUGAGGCUAUGUGGAAGCAACAGGAGCAGGAAAAGGAGAAAUGGAGACACCGGAUUGCUGAGAUAGAGAAUCGUGUACGGGAUCUUGAGCUUAAAAGCUGGGAUCGGGCUGAUGCUGUGGAGGACAACGGGUCUGCGUGA